AUGGAAUCGGAGAAUGAGGACCUCGACUCACUGGUCUUUGCACAAGUGGGGAUGAUGACUGCACGGGUGACGGCAAUGCCCGCACCCAGCAGCGACGAGGAGCUCGACGCAUUAAUUCACGAGGCACUCACAGGAGUGACGAUAGCCCCGGGAAAUGGGGAGAUGAGGGCCGCCAGUGCCACAACUUCACCCCAGCAGCAACAGCGUGUCCCACAGAAUCAAGUUUUGUCCGCCACGGUAUCGCCAGGGGUGGGAGUGAGAAAAACGGUGGGAAAGUCAGCACCGCAUCGUCCCAUAGUGAGGACCGAGCCUGCGUCGUCAUCGGACAGCAGCAACGCUGACAGUGAGGCCAUGUUGCAAGCUGUUUUGGAAGGCUGUGGGUUACCAGCUCCAAAUAGCCUUACGAUGCCACUGCCACAGCGGCACCAAGCAACAGCUGCCCUGGAGAGCCAGAUUCCGGCCAAGGAAGAAGCAGAAGAUGAGGACGAAACUAUUUUGAUGGGGACUCUCUUGCAUCUCGCCUGCCCUCCGUCAGAAUUGGUCUCCGAGAUUCAGCGUCAAGGCGAUGAGGCCGAGCCGCAGGAUACGCCAAGCAAAAUGUCAGCAGCACAAACAACAACAACAACAGUGUUGCCCGCAUCAAACUCUGUCAUUUAUGACAAUAGCGACACUAGGAGUGGCACCACGACAGCAUUGGCUGUGGCCAAUGGAGAUGGUAGAACCCCCCAAGCCGCGUCUGAAAAUGAAAACCGUACCCAAUUUCUUCUGUGUUCUCCUGCCUCUCAAAGAAUUGGAGAAGGUCCUGUCCCCAGUAAGCCUUCCCUCGAGGCACCAGACAUGGAAGACGAGAAGCAAAUUCUUACUGCCAUAUUAAAUGCGGUUCAAGAUCGUCAGUCAAGUGUGAGUGGAGAAUUAGUGUACGGAGAUGAUGACCACAAUGUGGAUGCCGUGUUGCAGCAGGCUGAGCAGAUUGCGGUGUCGUCACUUCGUGAGGAGCAAGGUCGUGUGAACCGUAUUUUGCACUUGCAUGAGCACAUUGAAAUGCGUGAGGAAUUACGAAAAGCUCGAGGAUCCGUGGGGUGGCCUUCCUGCCUCUCUGCACCAACCACCCCCGUGAUGAUUGGAGUGGAUCCCUCAAACGGUUCUGUACCGGCGCUGCCCUCAUCCGCAGUAAAGCGCCCCAUUCUAUGCAUUGGUACAACCCUUGGUAUUCUGCUACUUUUUGACGCAAAGAAGAAACUCUGCGGCAUGUGUGGCUCCGUUGCAGAUUCCUCAGUGGAAAUGCAGGGUGCUGUUGUUUCACUUUCUAUGUCCUUUGAUGCAUCCACAGUGUUGUCCGGACAUGAGCGCGGGGCGCUGGUGCUCUGGGACACGGAUACCCUUAGCCCACUCCGUAAAAUUUUAGACGAGUUUACCACACCCAUCACUCAGCUGCGGCACUGUUACAUGGACCCCUUUAAGGUUAUUUUACUCAGCAGCUGUGGACGCGUGAAACUGCUAUCCUUUACUCGCAUCCUAUCCAAAACUAUGUAUCGCAUGACACAUAUUGCUGCCUCCGUCCAUGAAGCACCAUUCAACGAUAUGGAUAUUGCAUUUAUGAAAGAGGAGAGACUGUAUUUGGUGGCGGCUGUUUCCGCCGAUGCAUUACUCGUUUCUGCGCUGGAAUGCGGUCUAACGAGCGUCGCAACGCCCUUCAACCGACGGUCGCAACCCUCUACCUCAUCCUUGUCGCUGCAAUUAGUGCAUUUUCUUUCAAAUUCAGUGGAAAAUGGGGUUCUUCUGUGUGUUGCCUGGGGUGUGGAUUUUGAAAUAUUUAGCGUCGCAGUUGGAGGUAAAUUGACAAACCUACAUCGCCUAACAGGUGUACGCCUUGAGAAGCCGUUACAUGCCAUGAGCCCUAUUGCGGACGGUUGCUUGCUUCUGCUUGAUCAGAAGGAUGUACUACACCUACUGGAUGCAGGUGUCGGCGUCAUUGUGGAGACUCGAGUUCUGCACGGUGUUGAACCAGUUGUGUUCUCUACUCGAAGUUGUGGAACGCGGCACAAUGCUGCUCUUACGUUCAUGGGUAAUGAGGCCAUUUUAUUAGGUCGACGUCGUAUCUUUACAUGUACUCUUCUAUCGUGGCAAGCCCGUCUGGAUGCGCUGGUGGAGAAGCGGUGCUUUCUUGAAGCUUUGGAGCUUGCAAAGGCAUUUGCCCUUGAGGUUGCACUGGCCGUUGUAGGCCUUCAUGGGGACUCUGCCACGCGCCGCGCAAGUAUUCACUCUUACAUAUUUCGUCUUGUUACGUCCUACCUGAUAGAUAUCACAAGCAGGGAUGCUUCGCAAGAAGCCAUCAGGGAUUGCAUCACAUCUAUCAUUCAGUUUUGUUCGGAGAUUGAUGCCAUGGAUGUGUUUUUUGGCCCCGCCAUGGAUUUCCUUCGGCGUGACGCUGCGAAUUACUCUCUUGCCUUGUAUUGCCUUGAGAAAUGCAUCCUCUCCGGUGUCGUGACUGUGCUUCCGGAUGUGUACAUUCAACCUUUUCUUGACCUUUUCGCCAAUGAAACGUCGUCAACGAUGAGGGAGGCGGAGCGUGAAACAAGUGAUGAUGCGACGUUCUCAGGUGGAGUACUAAGGGCAGAGCGGGUCUUGAUGUGUCUUGAGAGCAACGAGGAACUUCUGAUGCGUAUCGCGGAGCAACAUAACUUGGUGCGGCUGGCUGUUUCUAUAUUGUCGUCCAGACAGCACCGGUAUGCGGAUGCGCUUCGCUUUGCCCUUGAGAAGGAUCAUGACAAUGGUGUGGCUGUAUGUUUUUUUGAGUGUACCAUGGAGGGGUACACGAUCUCGGAGGACGUGGAGCUUCCUGUUGAGCAGCGCCAAGAGGCGAAGCGGCAGCUGUGGAGUCACCUGUUGACCUUCACGGACGACUUUGUGGCGCUUCUUCGUAUGGACCCUGAACGGGUCCUUUCUGCGAUGCUGCUGUCGCUGCAGGAAAGUGGCCCCGAUUCCCCUUGGGGGGGAUACAUUGUCAAAGCUGCAGUGUGUCAAGCAGUUGUUUCUUCAGCUGAUGGGGGCCGAAGUCUCCUGUGGUACGCUGCACAGACCAUGGGAACUGGCACGACGAGCGUGGCCGCCGUAUUCUGUGGUACAUCAACUCUUUACUGGCAUCAUCCGUCUUGUGCUGAACGAGUCCUUGGUGCUCCCCCAUCUUCAACAGUUCUGCGAGCGUGCGUGUUCGCAUUUCAUUUAUGA